GUUGGCGUGCUUAGAAGGGAAAAAAUCCGAGCGAAAUUUGGAUACAUUUUUCAAAACCAAUCAACAAAAAGUACGCAACCCUGAGCCGUUUUCUUCAAAUUCCUUCAAUUUUUCUUCAUUAGAUUACAUCUAUUUGCACAAAUUUCCCAAUCCCAAUCCCCAAAUCCUCCCCCCACCUCCAUGAAUUUGUCAAUCACAGCUUUGUACUGAAUUCAGAUGGCCGACACCAAUUCCAAUACCCCCAUUGACACCGCGCCGGAGAAGAGCCCCUCCGCCUCGCCGACGAGCUCGAGGUCGGUGACUCAUACUGUCAAUGGCUCGCAUAAGUUCGUGAUCCAGGGCUACUCUUUGGCCAAGGGAAUGGGACCCGGCAAGCACAUUGCUAGCGAUGAAUUUACCGUCGGAGGGUUUCAAUGGGCCGUCUACUUCUAUCCGGACGGGAAGAAUGUUGAGGAUAAUUCCACCUAUGUCUCCAUAUUUAUUGCACUGGCUAGCGACGGUACCGAUGUGAGGGCGUUGUUUGAACUCACGCUUGUUGAUCAGAGUGGUAAAGGGAAGCAUAAGGUUCAUAGCCAUUUUGAGCGCUCACUCGAGAGUGGUCCCUAUACUCUCAAGUAUCGCGGCAGUAUGUGGGGAUACAAGCGUUUUCUUAGACGAUCUACCCUUGAAAACUCUGACUACCUCAAGGAUGAUUGCUUGCAAAUAAAUUGUACUGUUGGAGUUGUGGUUUCGUCAAUAGAACAUCCACAUUCACAGACAAUUUCUGUUCCCGAGUCUAAUAUUGGAGCUCAUUUUGGUGCACUGCUUGAAAAUCUAGAAGGUUCAGAUGUCACUUUUAAUGUUGAUGGGGAAAAAUUUCAAGCGCACAGGUUGAUAUUGGCUGCUAGAUCACCCAUAUUUCGGUCUGAUUUUUUGAACAUGAUUGAGGGAAGUGAGGAGAUCAUUGUUAAAGAUCUAGAACCUAACGUUUUCAAGGCUUUGCUGCAUUUUGUGUACACUGAUUCCAUCGCAGAGGAUGUGGUCGUAUCAGCGUCAAGUUCAUCUUCUGAAUCUUGUGUGGAUGACAACUUUAUGGCGAAAUUGCUAGCGGCAGCGGAUAAGUAUGGUUUGGAGAGAUUGAGACUGAUGUGUGAAUCUCAUCUUUGUAAAAGCCUUUCCGUACGGUCUGUUGCACAAUUACUAAGUUUCGCAGAGGAGCACCAUGCCACUGAAUUGAAAGCAGUUUGCCUGAGAUUUGCUGCGAUGAACCUCGGAGCUGUGAUGCAAUCAAAAGGUUUUGAGCUUUUGAAGGAAAACAACCCUUCUCUUCAAUCGGAGAUCCUGAAGACACUUGCUCAACAAUGUGGGGAGGUUUCUGGCAACGGAUCGAAAUCCCGAAGCGUGUGGGCUCAACUUUCCGACGGUGGCGAUUCAAACGGAAGAAGGGUUAGACAGAGAACCCAAUAACUCGAAACCAUUACUAUUCCUUGUGUAAAUGCAAAUUAUGGUUUUGAUGUAACAUGUAAAAAAACAAACGAUCGAACGAGAAUAGAUUCGUUUCAAUAUGGUUGCGAAGAACGAUUCGAUAGCGCAGCCAAAUUAGAUGUUCAUUUUCUAGUUUGAUAUUAUGGUCAUGUUUGCACCAUGGAUUUUCUUGCCAUUUUUGUUGUGUACUCAUUUGCUUGAGGAAGCUUUGAUUGAAAUCCUGAUGGUGAAAAGCAAAAGAAGGCACAGAUUAUAUAAGAUCUUUGUUUUUA